GGGCUGGCUGGCAGUCCCAGCAGUCUGUCCUGUGAGCUGCCAGCAUGGAUGACAUCUACAAGGCUGCGGUAGAGCAGCUGACAGAAGAACAGAAAAAUGAGUUCAAGGCUGCCUUUGACAUCUUUGUGCUGGGUGCUGAGGAUGGCUGCAUCAGCACCAAGGAGCUGGGCAAGGUGAUGAGGAUGCUGGGUCAAAACCCCACACCGGAGGAGCUACAGGAGAUGAUUGAUGAGGUGGAUGAGGAUGGCAGUGGCACAGUGGACUUUGAUGAGUUCCUGGUCAUGAUGGUUCGGUGCAUGAAGGAUGACAGCAAAGGGAAGUCUGAGGAGGAGCUGUCAGACCUCUUCCGCAUGUUUGACAAAAAUGCUGAUGGCUACAUCGACCUGGAGGAGCUGAAGAUGAUGCUGCAGGCUACGGGUGAGACCAUCACAGAGGACGACAUCGAGGAACUCAUGAAGGACGGCGACAAGAACAAUGAUGGCCGCAUUGACUACGAUGAGUUCCUGGAGUUCAUGAAGGGUGUGGAGUAGACACUACUGACCUUUGCACAGAGCUGCCUAUGCCCACCUUCCCACUCCAUCCAGGCCCUGGGAUGGGGCAGAGGGCCGGGGUCCUUGACCUUCCCUGACUUUCUCCCCAUCCCUGUCCUGGGAAAUGCAAAUAAAGCCUUGCUCCCUGAGGCCUGGUGUCCCACUCUGAUG